UCAUAUAUAAGAGUCCUCGAGACUCACUUAACAGUUGAGUCGUUUGUAUUUCUCGCUCGAAUCUGUCUACUACACUUUAUACAAUGUCCACUCCUACUUCCAAUGAGGUGCACCGCACCAAUGCGUCAUUGGAUAUCAUGUUCCUCCAAGACGCUACAGAGAAUCAACAGCCCUACAUCGACACCGCACGCAACGAGAUCAACCAGAUCUCUAACACCCUUUUAUCUGGGGAAAAUUUCGCCCCGGAAGACAUCAGAUUCGGUCUUGUUGCCUUCCGCGAUCACCCUCCUGAAGAGGACAGCUUCGUCAUCCAGGAAUACCCUUUCACGUCCGAUGUUGCAAGUUUUGCGUCUGAUUUGGCCAGCUUAAAAGCGGAAGGCGGUGGAGAUCUACCUGAUUGUCAAGGUGAUGCUCUGGCCGCUGCCUACAAGGCUGACUGGAGGGACGGAGCGACAAAGGUUGUGGUGCUGGUUACCGAUUCACUCCCACAUGGGGUCAUAAAUGACGACAGAAACGACGGAGACGGCUUCCCUUUAGGGUGUCCACUUCAAAACGACCCGCUCCGUAUUGCGAAGAGCAUGGGAAUAGCUGGUAUCACUCUGCAUGUGAUUGCGUGCGAGCCUACUCUGAGUAACGAUCACAAGGGAGGCCGUGAUUUCUACCAAGGGUUAGCGAAGAGAACGGGAGGGAGAAUGAUCGAUCUCAGCGAUAUGAGCGUGCUGCCCACUCUCAUCGCUGGUUCUGCUCUAGAAGCAGUCGACAGCGAGCUUUACGUUACCAAGCAUCGUGCUGAAGUUCGCAGCAUCGCGGACAAGGAUAAUAUCAGCGCCAAAGAUAUUUCUUUGAGGCUACACAAGGACUUGGUGGCCGCAGGCGUGCAGCACAGCACCCUUGUCGUCGACAAUGUGUACCAUAAGAACUUCGAGGUUGCAGGCGUCCAACAGAGCACCAUCGUUGUCGAUAACGUGUGCGAACAGCGAGACCAGCAUGUCGACACAUGGUUUAAUGCUGAGAAUCUCGGCGAAGGCAGGAAGAAGAUCCAGCAGCUUGGAGUCGAUCGUGUUGUCGAAAAUUACCAGGCCAAUGUGGUGGUGGCGGAACAAUCAGCUGGUGUGGAGACGAAGCUGAUCAGCUUGGCUCAGGUCGAGGCUGUCGUUCACAAGUGUCUUGUGAGAGAAUUAUGAGUGUGAAGAUCGUGUUGUUUUCGUGGAUAUGUACUCGUAUUACCUGGCUGGAAAAAUGUAACACCAUGGCGAAUGACAUUGAAUUGAA